GUCUCCGACAGCCUGGGACCCCCCUGGGGACACGUGCUGGGAGCUCCCCGACGCCAAUUUCUCGGGGGUCGAGUCGAUCGACGUAGCUACCUUUUACGACUUUCUGGAAGAUGUGAAGAUUGCAGCUAUGUCAGCUUAUUGGCAGCAGGCCGAGCUCCACUUCGACGGCGAGG